AGGUCGUGUAGAGCUGGAAGACGUCUCAUUUUAAUCAGAAAUUUGCGGGCUACAAUUAUAUCUCAUUAAAAGAAGGGUUUAGUUAUCUUUUAGAGUUCUUGAAAAACUGGUUUUCCAGAAAACGGGGACUUCAAGAGUCAUGGGCCCGAACCCUUUUAGGAUUUUCUUAGUCUCACUGAGUCCUACUCAUAGCCAAAAUAUGAAGUCAAACGGCGUCCGACAGUUGGAUAGGUUCCCUCGUCAGUAGGAUUACGGGCACGGGUAGAAAAAUCAUGCCCAUGCAGAUCUGUAUGUGUAUUAGAGUAGCUGAGGGCUUUUGCUAACAUGUUCAUUUUUUCUUAUUUUCAGAAGCCGUUUCAAAAGCUUAUGGAUAGUCAAACGAAACUUAUGAAAGCGAAAUAUUCAAUACUGAGAAAUGUAUAAGUACAAUUACGUCGAGAUAUUUUAGCUAGGAAAUGUUUAAAAAUUGAAGACCCAUCUGAAGAAAAUAGUAAUGAUAACAAAAAUAAUGAUUAUCAACGAAUUAAUAACAAUGAACCGGGUCAAGUACACAAUGACAAUGAAAAGCAGUCAGACGAUCUAGCUGCACAUACUAAUUUAAGUAUUUCGCCUUUUUCUCAGUCAAGUUCAAGUUCACCCAACAAUGAAAACGAAAGUGAAGAAGAAACAAAAAGUGGUAAAAUAGUAAAGUAG